AUGCCACAAAUCAUCACCUUGCAAGUGGGACAGUGCGGUAAUCAAGUUGGCCAGCAGUUUUGGUCUCAACUGUGUCGUGAGCAUGCUAUUGGAGCUGACGGGCUUACAACGACGGAUGACAAGCGUACGGAUGAGACAAAUGUGUUCUUUCAGAGCAACGAUGAUAAGAGAUUCACUCCCAGAGCACUGCUGGUUGAUCUGGAGCCUGGUGUUAUCAAUGAUAUCAGAAGUACAACGUCUAAUCUCUUCAAUCACCGGAACAUCCACCAGAGCUCUAGCGGGUUGGGCGCAGGGAAUAUCUGGUCCAAGGGUUAUGACUACGCUGACACGGAGAAGGAGUACUUCCUGGAGACCAUCGAUAGGGAGUUGGACUCGUGUGAUAACCUUGAAGCGUUUCAGCUCUUACACAGUGUUGCCGGAGGAACAGGUUCAGGUGUUGGUUCUUACCUGCUGGAACUGCUGAGUGAUAGAUACAACAAGAAGCUGGUUAUGACGUAUUCUAUCUUUCCAGAGAGUGGACAAUCAAGUGACGUCGUUGUUCAACCGUAUAACACGGUCUUAACACUGAAGAGGCUGAUUGAGAAUGCAGAUACCAACGUCGUCAUCGAGAACAGCGCGUUGUUGAAGAAUGCAACAAGAACAUUCCAAAGCUCGAGCCCUACAAUUUUCCAAAUGAACCAGUUAAUCUCCACUAUAAUGUCUGCUACGACCAACACGGUGAGAUAUCCAGGCUAUAUGUAUAACUCAAUGACGCGGAUUGUCUCGACGCUGGUGCCUACUCCAGAUUUGCACUUCUUAGUACCGAGUUAUACACCUUACACGUCUGACUUUGUACAUGAUGCGAGAAUGAUACGUAAAUCGAGUGCUUACGACGUUGUUUUGGAGCUAUUGGAUCGGAAAAUUCGAAUGAUUGACAACGAUGACAAGCACGACUCGUACAUUUCCAUAUUCGACAUCUUACAAGGUGAUUACGACCAAACCGAUAUCCAGAAAUCGAUUAUCAAGGCACAACAACGUGCCAAGUUUGUUCCGUGGUCCUCGUCGAGCGUACACAUUGCUCAAGGGAAGAAAUCACCACAUCUUCAGACUCCAAACUCCGACUACGUUAGUGGACUUAUGCUCUCUAAUAAUUCAUCCAUAGUCACUCUAUUGGAUAAGACUUGUCAACAAUACGAUAAGAUCAUGAGAAGAAAUGCCUUCAUAGGUGGUUACCAGGACGGGAAACUGUUCCAAGACGGAAUGGAUGAGUUCCGUGAUUCCAGGGAAACCGUUCAAGGUGUCAUCGAUGAGUACAGAAAGGCAGAGUUGGUGAGCUAUUUGGAUGACGAUGAGGAUGAAGACGUACAGAUAUGA